GGGACAAUCGGUAUGUGAGACGCACUCGCGCUGAGCGAGCUGGACCUCCUGUUAACAAAAUAAUUUCAGAUGAUCCGGACUUUUCUAAAAAGGUCCGCAUUAUUCACAGACUUAUUAAGACAGUACAUCAUUUGAAAAAUGUGACUAGUGACACUUAUCCUCCUUCUUUAAACAAAAUAGCACACAAUUUAAAGACUGUUAUUAAACCGGCCGUCCCUACCAAACACACACAAAAUAAGAUUGAGGAGAACGCUAAAACUGGGCCCGUACAACCAUGGUGAUCCUCCGGCAACAUUACACUCAGAGCGUAGAGGAGGAAUUAAAGGCUCUCUCUGAGUGUUCUAAACAGGACUGGGAGGGCCCGUUCGAGAUAGCAACAUCCUGGGCCAAGAGGAACCUGGGCCGCCGCCUCCAACCUGACUCUCUGGAACAGGCCAGAGCUGAGAUCGUGGCCAAACUGGGGGACCUGGGGACUGCCACUUCAACAGAGGAGGGCCCACCUGCACCCCGCACAACAUCCAAAACAACGACGGCAACGAUGACGGACCACGUCGCUGGAGACUGGUCACCUUCUUCUGAGAUGGAGCAGGAGCAAGAGAGGGAUCUGACACCUUCCUCCCCUCCAGAAUCUUCACAACCAGCAGAGCCCAAUCUGGCCACACCGAAGGAGCAGAGGGUGUUGAGAUUCGCCGCCUCGAUCCCAGAGACGCCAUCCCAGGAACGGCCAUGCUCUCCCUCCACCCAACCACCACAAUCUGGUGAAAUGAUGGACACUGAGGGACUGGACCUCACACAGGGGGAAGUCACCCCCAAAAAGACAAAGCGGGUUAACACUUUAACAGUGGCUAAACCGCAACCAGUGUCUCACCCGGGACCAUCUCGCAGCGGCUUAGACAGACUCACUUCCUGUGUGCAAACCCGGCUUCAGCUUCAAGCAGCAGAGGAAGAAUCAUCUUCUUCAUCAUCUCUUCCUCCUUCACCAGCCUCACCGGGACAGCAGGUGCGGACGCCGACCAGACAUCCCAACACACACAGGAAAUUGAGAGACUGGCACCUGCAUGUGAAAGAGCCCUGGCUCGUCGUCGGCGAUUCUAAUGUUAGCAGACUGCCCCCCUUUGCAGCUGACAGUUUGCAGAUCGAUGGCUUCCCGGGAGCCAAAUGGUGGCAUGCAGAGUACCUCCUGGAGAAAGCCACUAUUGCUACACCGGUGACAAAACUAAUCCUGUCUUUUGGCAUUAAUAACAGGUCCCAGAGAGACAAGAAUAUGCCAGUGGUGGAACUGAAAAGGGCCCUGAAAGUAGCCCGGCAGAAGUUCCCUGAGGCUAACAUUUAUGUGCCUGAGAUUAACUUUUCUUCUGCUCUUCCUCAGGUGGAAAAGGACACUUUGAUGUACUUGAACACUUUCAUUACAGGACUAAAGGAUCACAUUCCAGCCCUCACCUCAGACAUUUUCACUACAGAGGAGGAUGACAUUCACUGGUCAUAUGGAACCUCAGAGGCAAUGUUACAACACUGGGAGAUGUAUGUAAAUGGGGAGUCCCCAUAAGCCUGACACAUCGG